AUGAUAAAUAUGAGUAUUCCAUGCAGUGGAGUGCUUCCUGUUGUUUCAGAUCGCCAUCACAACUCGAGCGGCUUCGUAGGAGGUGCCGCGACGCUGCAAUGCGACAUCAACGAAGAGCAUUGUGGACGCGUUUAUUUGGUCACGUGGACAAAAUUAAAUCAGAGAGGACAGUGGGAACGCGUCUAUUUGUUCAGUAAAAGCGUAAAUCGAGUUCUCGGCCCCCUCGCCGACCCGGACCGAGCCGCGUUCCACGCCAGUAACGAGUCCACCCACUUGCGUAUCUUCCCGCUAAAAGUCACCGACGAUGGCACUUACAAAUGCGAUGUAACCUACGUCCAAGGCGAAUGUCCAUCGCUCUCUUUCACGCAUCUUCAAACGCUAAUCGAGCCCCAGGAUCCUGUGAUGCGUCUCGAGGGCCGAGUGCUCGACAGCGGCUCUGUACUAGGGCCAUUCAUCGAGGGACAAACCAUCGUCUUGGAUUGCGUGUCACUUCAAGGGCGUCCAGCCUCUAUGAUAACGUGGCGUAACGGAACCUCAGUGCUCCCGGUGAAAGUAUCAUCGCAGCCUCAUGCCUCCGGACUGACGGAUGUCGUCGCGACGGCGCGAUUCGUCGUCUCUCGAUGGGAUUUGGGAGCGCGACUGGAUUGCGUCGUCGACAACCCCGCGUCUCCAAGGAAAACCGUUGUUAACUUCGUUACCCUCGAUGUUCACGUCCGACCCAGUGCGCUCCGCCUUCGAGGUCCAGCGCAUCCCGUCGUCGCGGGGGAAAUGGUCUCUCUGACGUGCGUGGUGGACGGCGCGAAGCCGGCGGCCAACAUUACGUGGUACAACAGGUCGGAGCUUGUCAAUCCCCAACCGAUACCGACGGAGGAACCACUCCAGGAUGGGACGUUCCGAACGACAUCGACCAUUGUGCUUAUCGCGACGCAAUUCGAUCAUCAGAGCGAAUAUUUCUGCAAAGGAAUGAACCAGGUGCUCAAAAAUCGGACCGAGGCCCCGUUCCUUCAAGCAGUCCGUCUUGAGGUCCUCUAUCCCCCGGCAGUGAUCAUGAGACCCCUCGAGGGCGUGAACGUGACGGAAGGUGCGGUGGCGAACAUAACUUGCCAGUACAACGCGAAUCCUCCCAAUAUUUCCGAAGUCACUUGGUACAAGAACGGACACGUAAUGGUGAUCGACCAUCGUCGACACGACAUCAUGCAUCAUCAGGUUUCUCUGUUUCGCAUCCGCAACGUAACUCGUGAAGACCAGGGCGCGUACAGCUGCCACGUGCGCAACGCGUUCGGAACCGGCAACUCAUCAAACGCUAUCCAGCUCGACGUUUUCUUUCAACCCGAAGUCUCUGCGUGGGUAUCGCCGUCGGUCAUAUCGGUCGAUGAAGGUCCCGUUAUCUUUAGGUGCGACGUCAUCGUUGGAAACCCCACCAAGUUGACCCGAGUGCGCUGGUUGAAAGACGGCUCGCUUUUCAUGGAGGUCGACCGAGCUCGAAUCGAACUGACCAACAUCAACAAAACGCUCACCGGAACAUACCAAUGCUUGGCUAGGAACGAAGCCGGAUGGAGCGAGUUGAGCGAGGAGGCCAGGCCUCUGACCGUUAUGUAUCCUCCUGGACCGUCCCAAAUUCGCAUGGUCACUCCACAAGACAGACCUACGAAAGGCGACCGAGUCGAGUUGGAGUGUGCCGUGGACGACGUGGGUUUUCCACCGGCGCAUUCUUACAUUUGGCUCCAUAAUGGAAUGGUGCUCAACGACAGUUCGCUGGGAUCAGGCGGAGCCCACGGCGAUCGACUUCUCACCGAGCCUAUGACGGUCGCGUCCGCAGGGAACUACUCUUGCGCGGCUGUCAACCAGGUUGGCAGAGGACUACAGCAGGGCCUCACCCUUCAUCCUAUGGUGCCUCCCGCGUUCAUCAAGCCUUUGGCCCGGUCCGGAGGCGCACGUGUCAUGAAUCAUAGCGUGGUCUACCUCGAGUGUGUUGUGGAAUGCGUGCCUCAGUGUCACGUCUGGUGGAAACGUAACAACCGUAGCAUUCACGCCGACUACGGACACCAUUUAGCCCGUCACUGGGAUCGGGAACACCGAGACCAUACAGAGCUUGACCGAAUCUUCAAGGUCAAAGCGAGCCCUGUUCAGAGCUCUCUUCGCUUAGGACAUUUCAGCGCCGUGAAAAGUCUUCUCUACUGGAACCUCACCGAGUUGGCAGACAUAAACAUCGACGGAGACACAUUCACUUGUGAGUCCAGCGGCAACGAGGCCGGAUCCGGAGUGAGCAGUUCCAUUCGCUUCAAACUCGAGUAUGCUCCAGAAGCGGUCGGUCUGUCCGCUGACGAAGUCGAACUUCUAGAGGGCCACAGUCUGGUCGAUACGAUCACUUGCUCGGCCGCUGGCAACCCGCCGCCGAAGCUCGUAUGGACCCUCAACGAACGCGUCAUCUGUACCGGACCGAAUCUGAUUCUCCCAGAUCCCCUGCGCCGAGAAGCAAGUGGGAACUACACUUGCACAGCGACCAAUAAAUAUGGGGAACGGAGCGCCAGUGCAAUGGUCAACGUUCUCCACAAACCCGACUGCGUGGUCACUAAGGAGGAGGACAGCACCGGGGAUAUCGUGCUCACAUGCGAGGCCAUAGCUGCCCCACCGGUUCUCAGUUUUUCAUGGCAUCACAACAACAAGUCUCUAUCCGAGGAGAACUUGAUCGCGGGCGACACUCGCUCUGUGCUGGUCCUGCAAUCUCCCGAUUCCUUCGGGCAGUACUCCUGCGUGGCCACCAACCUCAUCGGGUCUUCGGAACCCUGCGUCGUACGCUUAACACGAUUGCCUUCUCCAGCAGGAUGGGUGAAUCUUUUCCUGAAGGAGGAGAACAUUCUCAUUCUCACCCUCGCGCUCGCUGCCAUCCUCGUCAUCGCGCUGAUGGUGUUUGUGGCGCUAGCCUUCAUUCGCAAAAGAUCUGAGGCCAAACCGAGAAUUCAUCGGGAAAACGCGCGGCUAGUUCUCAUGGACGAAACGCUUCCGCAUGUUCGAGCGGACACUAAAAGUCAACUGCUAUUGCCCGAUGGAACGCCUCUGAUAUUCACGCCGCAAGGUCGGGCGACGACCUUACCUCCGGAGAUGAUAGAAAACCCUUACCAAAACAUCGCCGAGUGCCGCGGUACUGGAUACGAUCGCGAGCAUCCGUCGGAGCUGCCAGCACACGGAGCCAAGAUCGCAACCUUGCGUUCUGGCAUGCGAAAUGCUGCGUCCGACGAGAACAAUUACGCGCUUCCGAGCGAGGCAUCUCACCAGGGUGGCGGCUGUCAUCUCCUGCGGCCGCGUCACGAAUCCAAGCCAUCGCUGACCGUGAACCGCUUACACGCUGUCAGCCGAGAAGACUUCGCCUGUGUUCCUCUCGAAGAUCGCGGAACUCAGCGUCGUCAGCGAACGCUGCAGCCGUCGAGAGCGAUAGGAAGGAAUUACGCGACGGGAACUUUGGCCGGCGCGCCGUAUUAUGCGGCCGCUGCAGCCCAUACGAUGCAGAGCGGGUCGCGUGGACCGCUGCAUAAAAUCGGAGAUAUCUGA